CGUCAGCAUCAUCGUCAAAACUGAUAAGACUUUUUCGGAUAAAGUGUGUGUAUUUUGAAUAGCUUCAAAUCAACUCCCGUGCUAGAAUGGCUGAACUAUUGAAUCGUCAAGACCCUGCCCCAAUGGUGGACCCUCGCUCUCCUAACAACCCUGCGACGCUGCCCAUGUCUGACGCCAUCGAACAACAUGAGUCGCCGUCAAGUUCUGGGCAGUGUGAUGCGAAGAAAGGCAGCCCAAGCGGGGAGCGCCCGCAGCUGCAGUGGGGAGGAGCGCGUCGGUCUUCGGUAGGUGACAUGACAAAAACCACGGUCGAGUUGGGGCACGAGCGUGCGUUGCAAAUCCAAGAGCACGUCUUGGAAUUGGAGUCUGACCUAGGGGAGAUCUGCAUGAAGGUGGCGAUUGUGACCAAACGUCAUGACCAACAUGAGAAGUUUGAUGUCCGUCAUGGAAAGAUGAUAGAGGUACUGAGAUCAAAAAAGUUUAAGUUUGUUCAGCCUGAAUUACAUUUACAACAAGCUCAAAGAAGUGGUAAUUCAGAAGAUGGAACAAGUCAGGAUACAAUCAAAAAAGAAUUUCAACAUGGUGGUAUCGUGGCCUUUAUUUGUGACUCUGACGCUACACAACUGAUUCAACAUUUAAAGUCUUUGUCAGUAUCAGAACUAUCGGCAAUUUGUGGUUCUACUAAAUUUGUUGCUAAAUCAGAUAAUUAUGGGGAAAAAGAUUGCCAGCGCUGCCCUUUAUCAGACGAUAUCAUGAAGGAACUCUAUACUGAAAAUGCAAGUCUAAAAGCCAGAGUUAAAGGUAUUGCGGUUUUAGGUGAUUCUUUACGCAAGACCCAAGAUGAACUAUCCCAAACAACAGUGAAAAAUGCCAAGUUAGACAAAGCCGUGAGUAAUUUACAGAGUCGUCUUCACCGGGUAGGAUGUGACACAUCAGUAGACUUGGCCGAGGAUGAAAUUUUCAUUCCCGGCCAUGAUCGUACUUUUAUCAACAGUUUGAUUUGUGAGAAUGGGAAGUUGCAGAAGGACUUGAGAGAGCUGAAGAUGAAGUUGAGUGGCGAUGCUAGAAUAAGUUAUCAAAAACAGAGUGAUGCAGAUAAAGAUAAGCAAUUACAAGAUUUACAAAAGGACCUAGCGUGUAAGAAUGCCAGAAUUGUAGAACUGGAAGCCAGAGAUGCUCAGAAAGACUACCAUCGGAUUCGUGGUGAACUGGAGGAGUUUAAGACCCUGUGCACCAUUCUGACGCCCCAGACCAGAAAACUUCAAGACGACUUGGAAGCAUCGCAGAAAAAACAUCAAGAAGUGUGCGCCGAACUUGCCGAUUGGAAAGAGAAAGCCAAGAAUAUGGAGAGUAGAAUUGUGAGAGAACUAACACAGAAGAUGUCAACUGAAGACGAGAGUAGAGUCUCCCUGUCGGACAGACUAAAGAUCGGCGAGGAGCAAGUCAAACAACUCGAGAAAGAGAACAGUCGCGUGACCGACCAGCUCCGCGAGGUGAUUGGCAUGAACACGAGGUGGCAACGAUACAACGAGCAGCGUGAAACCUACGUCGUGAAACUCACCAAGACCAACCAGCAGCAGCAGUCUAAGAUCACCGUCUUAGAGCAGCAAGUACGAGGCUUGGAGCAGAACAUCAACGAUCUGAACACGCUGCUGCAGAAGAUGGAUGCUGGGAAGAAGAAGAACACUGAUGCUUACGUCAUGUCUUUGGAGCAGCAGCUGGUACAGAAGGAAGACGAGGUGAUUGAGCUGAAAGAACAGGUUGCAACGUUGAAGGUUACGCUCCACACGACUGAGAAACAGAGAGGGGUUGCUCAACGCUUAGAAGACAAAGAUAUGAUUGAAACAUUGAAACAACAGUUGAAAGUCUACCAAGAAGAUUUCAACCAAGAAAGAAAAGACAGAGAGCGACUGCAAGGGAACAAUGACAUCUUGAGACAUCGGUUGAAAGAAUCCCAAAACAUGGUUCCACCCCCUGCUAACAUCCAAAGAUUCACUGGCUCGUCCACAGGACUUAGGGGUCACUACUACGAUCAACCACAACAACCACAACCACGGAGGCUUAUUGCGAGAGGGUUACCAGUUUACCAAGACCCUUACGAGGCCUCAUUGCUGCCGAGCGACGUCGAAACUGACGGCUUCGAUGUAACCGACGGAUCUGGGAACGAACUCAACGAUGACGGGGAUCAACUACAAUGCCCUCGCUGUCCUGCCAGUUUCGCUGUAACAGAUCACUCGGCUUUCAUGCACCAUGUGACCAUCUGCCUUCAGUAAUAUUGGUGAGGAUGUAAAGCACAUUCACAAGGUCGACCCAAGCCCAAAUCUUAAUGAAAGCUGCUUACCGGUAAGGCUAUUACUACCAACUUAAUGGCUUUCAUGACCUUUAUGCUAAGAUUGUUAUUUGACUUGGCUAUAGCUACAUUAUGGUAAGCCACAUUAUGGUAAGCCAAAACCAGUAUAAGCCACAACCAAACACGGAUCAAGCCUAACUUGUUAUCAAAAUACAUUU